AUGGCUACCACAGUCAAGCUAGCAGAGUAUUUGUUCACACGUCUCCAUCAGCUAGGUAUUCGUGCGAUUCACGGUGUCCCGGGCGACUAUAAUCUCACGCUGUUGGAUUACAUCGAACCAGCUGGAAUCCAUUGGGUCGGCAACUGUAACGAAUUGAAUGCCGGCUAUGCUGCCGAUGGCUAUGCGCGCAUCAAAGGUAUCGGAGCGCUCAUAACGACAUUUGGGGUCGGAGAGCUUUCAACUAUCAAUGCGAUUGCGGGUGCCUAUUGUGAACGCGCACCGGUGGUCCACAUCGUCGGCACGCCAGACAGAGACGCCCAGGACUCUCGGGCGACGGUCCACCAUACCUUCAAUGACGGCAAUUUUGGACGCUUUGCGCAGAUGCAUGCACAUAUCACGGUGGCACAAGCCAACCUGCGAAAUCUUCACUCGGCGCCCUCGCAAAUCGAUGCGGUUCUCAAAGAAUGUAUCGUGCACAGCCGACCCGUUUACAUCCAAGUGCCGGUAGACUUGGUGGAUGCGCCCGUCCCUUCUGGCAGCCUAUGGACGGACUGUUUGUCGCUGAAAUCGAUGUCGCGAGGGCCAGAGGUUCCUUCGUCCAUGCUAGACUCGGCUCUGUCAAUGGUUCUGGAGAAAAUCCAGUCCGCCAAACAGCCGGUCAUUCUCGUUGAUGGCGAGACCAGAGCACUUGGCAUCACCGAAGAUGUUCAGAGUAUUGUUGAAUUUACAAAUUGGCCCACGGCGAAAGCUUUCGUGGACAGUUCGGACUUGGUUCUGUGCUUCGGUCCUCACUAUAGCUCCACCAACACCUUUGACUAUACUAGUAUCCCUCCUAAGACGGUCACAAUCAGCUUUACCGACACUGAAGUACGAAGUGGUGAGCGGGUCUUUCGAGACGUGCCAGCCAGAAUUGCGGUGUCUCAAUUGAGACAACAGUUGAGUGCCUUGAAGUUCAAAACUGGCGGCACAUAUGACAUUGACAUGGCUUGUGGAAAUGACACGACACUCUCUGCGUUUUCUUCCGUCCAUAGCAAAGAUGCCAUCAAACAAGACCGACUGUGGAGAUUUCUGGCGAACCUCAUUCGCCCAGGAGACAUUGUCAUGGGUGAAACUGGGACCGCAGGCUAUGGUGUUCAAGAGUUUCGACUGCCACGUUACUCGCGUGUCUUCGCCCCCACCACGUGGUUGUCGAUAGGAUACAUGCUCCCAGCAGCGCAAGGUGCUGCUCUGGCUCAGAGGGACUUGAUAGGUUCUUCUGACUACCAUGGCCUCGACCAAGCGCGCACUAUGGUCUUCAUCGGCGAUGGGAGCCUCCAGAUGACAAUUCAAGAACUAGGCACCAUCAUACGCGAAAGAUUGGACGUCACAGUCUUCCUGAUCAACAAUGACGGGUACACAAUUGAACGAUGCAUCCACGGCUUGAACAAAACGUACAAUGACAUCGGCCGUUGGCGGUAUCCGCAAGCGCCUCACUUUUUCGGCGCUGACCAAGACGUCUUUACAGCCACCGCUCUGACCUGGGAAGACUUGCAGAACGUGCUUGAAGCAAUGGAGGACAGGACUGACGGGGGGUUGAGGAUAAUAGAAAUUCUGCUAGAUCGACAGGAUGUGCCAGUGGGUCCAUUGCUUGAUUUGCUCGUCGAAGAGAGAAAGGCAGUCGAAAGAGAAUCGUAG